AUGGAUGAUUCAUUAAAAGCAUAUACUAUAAAUGUAUAUGCAUACAUCUUGAAUUUCUUCAAGAAUUUAAAAAAUCUAAGUAUCAUACAACCACAAUGGAUGUCAUAUCCAGGGUUAUCACUCGUUGAUUUACCAUUGAGUACUUUUCUCUCUCCAAUUCUAACUCAUUUAUCUAUUAGUGUAAAUACUUUUGAUGAUUGUCUUCAUUUACUUGAUGGUCGACUUAAGCAAUUGAUAAUAUUAUCUGUUAUUGUCUAUGAUGUAGACAAUUCCUCAGCAACUGUUCAUAAUAUGGAUAAUUUACCUCAUUUGAAAUGUUUCUCAUUAAAAUCGUUCUAUCGAUUUGAACAAUAUGAUAAAAUUGUAUCACUUCUUCAUCGUAUGCCAUUUUUGGAAAAAUUAUCUUUAUAUCU